UUAUUUAGAUAUUCUAAUUAAAAAUACUUAAAUAAAAAGUUUAAAAAAAUACCACGUGAUAUAAACAGUGGUUUAAACAAUUGUCGUUUAAAUCAACCAACCCUGACAAGUAUUUCAUGUUAUAUGUUUUCUAUAGUUUUACACCAGUUGAUCAAAUACUAUUUUUGUAAUGUUAUUUGUUUAGUUCAACAUUAAAAUUUUUUUUAGGGAAUUAUUAAAUUCUUGUGGACGUAAGGGUAGUGAUGCUACUCUGUAGUGUUAGUUACUUUCACAGUUGUCCUUUCCAUCCACUUUGGCUUGUUUGGCUCGGCUGUUGGAGGCAGUUGGUCUCUCUGCUCCGAAUGUAGAGCUCCAGUGUUGUGGCGGGCCGGCAAUGACUUCUGAGCCAUGCCGAGACUUCAGUCUCAUGCUUGCUCGGCUAGCGAGGAUGUGUAGCCCGUGACUUGACUUGUCGUAACCUUGCAUCUGCUCGCUCUAAGUGUGUGCUUUCCGCUCAAACACAUGCCGGUGCAGUACUAGUAUCCCCCUGUCCAUUAGAGAUAAUUUCCCGUAAAAUGUAAAAUGUAGGUUGUUAACCUUAUUUGUGUUCUUACUAUUCAUUUUUACUAAUCAGACGUUAAAAGUGAGAAUGGAAACUCACGAAACAAAAAAAAAUAUCAACGAAACAUCACGAAACACAAUUUUGAAAAUCUCUUGUGAUAGGUUUUAUUUAAUAUAAGAUGGUGACCUGUAAAACUUCUGACAAAAUACUUUCACUUAAAUUAAUAGUAAAUAUCACAGUGAAACUGAAUUAGAUUACUAUCAAUUUGCAAAGAUGACUAAAUGUUUUGUUUCAAUGUUUGCUUCUAUGCAUGAUUGCAAUAAAUGGCUCAAUUAAUGGUUCAGUAUUCUCAGGUGCGUGGGAACUGAAUGCUGCUUCCACUGUUGUGCUUCAAGGAAGUUUGUGUUGUUAUGUGUCAUUAUUUCAAUAAAUUUAAAUUGAAUUUACAUUUAUUAAAGUUCAGACAGCAACCAUCAUAGUAUCAAUUCGAAAUCAGUCAGCUGUAUGUUUUCAGCAUGUAAAUAUGUCUGAAAUCUCAUUAUGAAAUUCCCUGCAUUAGCAACAUUGGGAUUUUUGAUAAUUACUUUUAAAAAAUUAUGUAACUGUAAGAUGUUAAGAAAUACAUGGCAUGAAAAAAAAAAACCAGGAAAAAUUGGACACUUGUGUGAUAAACAAUUUUAACUGUUAUCUCAUUCCGCCGGCAAUAACUGCUGAUGUAGGUACCUCAAAGUACAAUGCUGUUUUGAGGUUGCAGAUAACACCAUUAUGAUAUGAUAAGAAUGAUGGAAUGCUUACAUUAGCACACAAGUCUAAAGUUUGAAGCAUUUUUUCACUGGCUGGGAUGCACAGACUUUACAUCAUGAACAGACUGUUUUGUCAAAAUUUGUGAUGCUUACAUGAAAGCAACACUUGUGUAACGCGGAGGCGACCAGUAACAGUGAAGUGUGGACACAAGUCGUUUGCCUAGACACGCGUCUCUGAUCGCCAUGUUGAAGCAUGCAGCCGUGCUUUUGAGCAUUUGCUUAGCUCUGGGGACGCUCGUGAUCUGUGAGAAGGAGCCCGUUGAAAAUGUGAAGACAGAAGGUUCCCCUUCGUUGCGCGGACACAUACUGGACAAGGAGGAUGUGUCCACCACGGGAGAGCGGGAGAAGGUCGCAGCCAACAUGGGCUUCAUCCACGCCUUUGUCGCGUCUCUGACGGUGAUCAUCGUCUCGGAGAUAGGAGACAAGACGUUCUUCAUCGCCAGCAUCAUGGCCAUGCGACAUCCGCGCCUCACCGUCUUCGCGGGAGCGAUAUCCGCUCUGGCGUUCAUGACAGUUUUAUCAGUGGCGUUCGGCUGGCUGGCGACGAUGGUGCCCCGGGCGCUCACCUACUACGUCUCCACGGCGCUGUUCGCCAUCUUCGGCCUGAAGAUGCUGAAGGACGGCUGCUCCAUGUCGGCCAGCGAGGGCCAGGAGGAGUUCGAGGAGGUGCAGCAGGACCUCAGGAAGCGCGAGGAGGAGUUUGACAAAGAAGCGAGUGCGUCCAUAGUGCAGGAUCCGGAAUCCGGGGUGAUCCGCAAGCUCUCGAAACAGACUGUAAUGGUGCUGUUUUCCAGGAUAUUUGUCCAGUCGUUCACUCUUACUUUCCUGGCAGAGUGGGGUGACCGGUCGCAGCUAGCUACCAUCAUCUUGGCAGCCAAAGAGGACGUGGUGGGGGUGACCAUGGGCGGCUUCGUGGGCCACUCGCUGUGCACGGGGCUGGCCGUGCUCGGCGGGCGGAUGGUCGCGCAGAGGAUAUCCGUCAAGUCAGUCACGAUCCUGGGAGGCGUGGUGUUCCUGCUGUUCGCCGUGACCGCGCUGUUCUUCGACCCGAGCGAGCAGUGACGGGGCGAGGCGUGUCGCAGGAGGGCGGGGGUGGCUCGGGACGCCGACGGGACGCCGUCACGACGAGUUCAGACGGAACGGUCUCGCGUCCUCGGGAGACCUCGCGAUUGCGGACGGUGCCCGGAGCAGGUAAGCGAGACGUCUGCAAAGACAUGUGUUCGCCUUUGUCGUGAGUUUCACGUCCUCAAGUCUGGGAUACGUCGUCGUUGCGUGUGCUUGGAAGUGAUAGGUUAGUCAGGGCAGGCGCGAUGUGAAAUAAGGUUUGAGAACAGUUUGUGAUAGUCGCACGGACCUUAAAUGUGCGGUUUGCCGAAGUUUAACAGGUGUGAUCUUUCGGUGUCUCGCUGUUGUUUUUGUUUCUCGAUAACACUUCUAGAUUGUGGCCAAACUUCAUGGUAUUUGUAUACCACGUUUAGAGCUUUCAGUUUAGUUUUUUUUUUUUAUUUAUUGUUUUACUGCAGUGGAUUUUUAAAUUUAUGAAACCAUGAUCUACCUCAAGCUAUUGUUUCCUUCCAUGAAUAUCCUUCGUUGAUUGUUGUGGUGCUGGUAUAUUUAAAAGAAGUAGUGUAUAUCAUAGUUGUUUUGAAAUUUUAUUUUGUAUUUAAAAUCCAUCUUGUCUUAGAAAAAAAUUUUGAUUAUCAUAACUAUUAUUUAGUUGGGUAAUAAAUGUUGGCAUUUCCUCCAUCACAUGAGUAGCAGGCAUUGGCCAACAAUACUUGCGAUGCGAAACGAGGAUUGUGUGUCGGGCGAUGGCUUGGGGUAGGUUGUCAUGACAACGACAGUGUGAGUUGUUCUUCCGUGUCUUUGUGUUGGAACUACAAUGUGGCUUUCAGCCAGAAUAACAGCAAGCUAAUGUGAAGCUCGUUCUUGGUAGCUGUAUUGUUGUCUUCUUUCUUUUUAAGGGCUUUUUUUUUGUACAGUUAUCAUGAUAGCUCCCUUGCAUUGUAUGUUCCCUCACAACUUUUGUCAACAAUUAUUAUCUAAGUUUUACUUAGAAGCUGUAAACAGUAUGUAAAUAUUUGUAAUGAUUAUCACUGGCAUGAAAAAGUACAAUCAGCAAGUAAACCUGGUGACAACUUUUGUGACCAAACAAAAAUUGCAAAAGAGCUAUUGUGAUGAAUCACAGGAAUAGCAGUGAAGUAAGAACUGUGAUAAGGAAACCAAAAUACCAAGCCUUACGUGCAGUUUGUCCGGGUGCCAGCUGUUAGCUGCUGAGGAAGGUUCUCUAUUGGCCGUCACUGGCAAGCGGUGUGAAGUCAGUACGUAACAAUGUCACUUCUCUUCGCCAGGGCUUAGCCUGAAAGUUGCCGUUUGCAAUUUUGUAGUUUUUUUCUUCAAAAGAAGCAAAAUGUAGUUGUGCAACUUUUUGUGAGCGGUGAAGUUUCAUUUACAUUUUACAUUGACUUGUGAGAAAUUGAAAGAAAUUAUUUUUUGAAUUAUUAAUUAGUUUCAUUGUUCAAAAAUUGUUGGUUCGAUCAAAUAUACAAAUCCUCAGUUUCGAAAUAAGUAAUAUUUGAUGAAAAAGAUUUGAAGAAAAAUAUUUGAGAAAGGGGAAUUCAGAAAUUUAAACACUUAAUUUAAAAAGUACUACAUUAUUAAUUCCUAUCAAAGAAAUGUUUGUAAUUUGUAUUUGUCACCAUCUGGACACAGUGCUCCGAAGAGGAAACAUUUUUGAAACAAAAUCACGAACAUGUAAACAUAUUGGAAAUGGACCGUAUAGUACUUGAGCCCUUGAAUCUCUUGUAUUUUAAAUAUUUGUAAUUCAAGGAAAAACAUUAUAAGAAAAAUAUUCGAGGACACUUAGUAAAUUCAGAAAUUCAAUACUGACAAGUCUGAAGUUUAUUAGGUCUAUUUUUUUUCCCUUCAUACCUAUCCUAUUACCAUCCCCAAAGACUUUGUACACUUGACAUGUAAUUAUAUGAAUAAAAAUGCAAUAUUUAUUGAUCCUGGAAACUUAAUUACUGAAACAAACAUUUUAAGGUUUUAAAUGUGUUACACUCGUAUCCUCCGUCUAGCUCAAAAGUGGUCUAGAUAGAGUAUACAUACAUGAACACGCAGAAAAAUUAGUUGGGUGCUGAAAACGUAUUUAAGUUCCAAAUUGAGUAUUCCUGACGAUGAUUGAUUGCUUAAAUAAAGUCUCUCGAACACAGAUUGAUUUUAGCAUUUUUUUUUUAUUUAUCAUUCACGAAAAUUCACGUCACAUUGGCUGCCAUUUUCCGACCACGAAAACAAAACAUGUUGGAAUUACAAACUGGUUGUACAAAACAUAUGCACUGAUUCAAAAACACAAAUUUGUUGUUCGAGGUUACCAAAAGUUGAACAUUAAGUACUUUCACGAGAACAUCCCGUGGUUGCUUGCGACUCAAAGUACAAACCGAAAGACUCAGUCCUCGGGACUAUGAUGAAGUUACUCGGUUAUUGUUGAGGACUGUUACCUAUGACUGUGGUUGAACAAGUUCUAAUUUUCAGUGUCCAUAAAGGUGUCAAGUUUGGGGUAGCCCGGACCCACAGAACAAGGAGGGAAAUAAAGAAGUGCGACUCUUACAGUGGAAACUGAAACCACGUUUCACGCGACAUGUGUCGCUAUCUGUUGGGCGGGCCCAUAACUACCAGCAAAUAAAAAAUCGGAUUAGAGGUUCUCAUGCAAAGUUUUUUUAGUUAAUACGUUUUUUUGGAUAUAUUAAGUUAUAUCCUUGGCGGUGCAAAACUAAUUUAAAAUCGAUGUGAAAAUACUUAAUGCUGUUUUGUAAUAAACCAUCAUGUAAUAAAUAAAGGAGUAGGAGGCGCAAAAACUCAUUGUAUUACACACCACAGAAUUAGUGGCUACGUAAAUAGAGUGAAUUUGCACUGGUUUGUUUGCCUGAUAGUAGGUUGUACAUUAGUUCCCCUAAUAUAAUUAAUGUAGUUAUGUCAGCAAUAUAUUAUAAAAACUACUAUCUAGCGGACGGGCCCAUAACUACUUCAAAAAACUAGGUCUCCGUCUCGGUAAUUAGAGUUUCUCCCCCAUGCCCGGACCACAGCUGUGAAAGUCUCUCCGCUACGUUAUUUGUUAAAUGUAAGCCACCGCCCCACUCGAGACCUCGGUACCUCACAGACACUGACUGCCUCUUUGUCCUCCAGAAGGAAAAGGGCUCUCUUGUGACGUCAUUUCUGACCAAUCACUAGGCCUGUGCGGAUAUCAUUUUUUUGAGUUUGAAUCUAAUACGAAUAUCAAAUUAUUCUCAAAUACAAACAUCAAAUUUGAAUAAUAAGAGUUACAAUCCAACUAAAAAAUUGUUAUUACUUAUCAUAACAAAUACAUGUUGAAAGAAAAAGCAAUUGUGCAGUGUAGUGUGUAGCUUCUGUGAAAUUAAAUAAUACUAAAGUGAAAGAUUGGUUAGGUUAAGUUAGCUUCAAUUACUAUAGGUAAAAUUUUGUUGAAAUUUUCAAAUUUUGAUAGGAAAAUAUAAAUAAAUAUUUUUCAUGGUAAUCAAAAUAGGAUCUGCAAAAAAAACAAAAACAAAUAUGUUAAUAAACAGUGCAAAGCGAAUAUGUAAGGCAAUUGCAGUGUGUGAAGAAACUUCCAAGAGGGUGGGUUUAAAAAAGAAGUACAGUGAGCAGUUUUGAUUUAAAGUUAAAUAUGCUUUAGGUCUAAAAAAAAUUUAAAAAUUAUUUGUUUGAAUGUUUCACUAUGUGAAAAUAAAUCAUUAUUUUAAUUAACAUACAUGAACAUUUAUGGAUGAUAUUUUUUGGCUUGUUUUAACUAAAGUGUAGGAACACAGUAGCUGUUUAGAAAGUUCCUCUCUUUUUCUGUCCAGUGAAUGUGUGUUUGGUAAAAGAGAUGAAGUUUAUUUUCCCCUCUCCCAGUGAGACCUUCUUUUUGGGCCAUGCAUAUGACAAGAUACUUGCCUAGCUGUCACUGCGCUAGGAUUGUGUGUGUGUGGGCCUGUAUUCCAUCAUCCUUCGCUUGUGUAUCAUCCAUCAGAAAAACAUUAUCAUAGGUUUUUAGAUUUUAGGAGUCUUGGUGUGAGUAUGUGACCAGAUGUUUUACACAAGAUCUUUACAAGUUUUUUCUCUUCGCCCUCAUGUUCUGAGUGAAGCUAUAGAGCAUCCCACUCUUAGAUUGCAGUGUGGAAGUAAAUGGGCGCAUUCUCUCUCUCUCUAGCACACGCCGAUUGCCGUUAGCGCUGUCCUUGUUUCUUCGUGCGUUGUUGCCAAACAUCAAACGAAACUAAAAUUUUAAUUUUUGGACCAAGCUUUUUUUCAUGUUGUAUAGCAUCGAAAUACGCACCAGGCAAUGCUUAUUUUGAAUACUUAACAAUAUUUUAAGUGUCCGAAAAAAUUAAAAAACAUAAAUUAUUCACUGCGAACUGUUUUGAAGUAUUCUGAGAUGUUUUACAUCAAAAAAAAUAACCUACAUGUGUAUUUCAUUCAGAUUUUUUAAAAUAAUAAAUUAAUGCCUUAGGACGCCACCGAACAAAUGUUAAGACAAAAACCGUACAGGUUUCACUUAAAUAAUUUUUUAAAUAUAUUGAAAUGCAUUUUCUCACAAACUGACACAUCAAAAAGUUGACCAGCGGAAAACUUUUUUUCUAUUAAAGAUAGAUGGGGGACGAAAUCGUGAAAAAUGUUCACAAUGAAUUGAAUUAGUUUUUAAAAGCAGCUCCAUCUCAAUUGCUUCUACAGUUUCCGUGGAAAUAUCUGUUAAAGAUGUGUCUUUAUCAGUACAAGAGCACGCUGCAAUAGAGGUUUCUCUCACAAGCUGCCGUCGUAAGAGGAAACAGGGUCGUGUGUUUAGAUAAGUGGGGAUCUGUCCUGCAAGCAAUAUCAAAUACAUGGCUUCCUUAGUCAACCAUGUAUUUCCUUAGACACACAUUUCUGAAAACCAGCCUGCCAGUUAGUAUCGCGUCUCGCGACGAAGCAACGCGUUGUGUCCAGUGACUCGUUACAGUUAUAAGUUUGGCAAAUUAUAUAUUAACAUACGUGAUAUUAUUUUCUACAUUUAUUUUUAUUCCGUACAUAUAAAAUAUGGAAGAUAGAACACCGAAAAUCAUUAUAUCGGUAGGCUACGCGGGAGGGAGCGCAAGAUUGUGUUGAAUGUAUUUGAGUAUUUUUCAAAAAAUAUGAGUGUGUGCAAUGCAAUUAAGGAAGCUUACCAUUCUUCUGGUCAGCUCUGUGCUACUCUUAUGGAUGUGGUAUCAACAUUGGUCAGCGGUAGCGAUAGUGAUUAAAAGGUAUGUGAUGUUAUUAAUUUCUUAAUCAAGUUAACGUUACAUUUAUCGUAUAAAUUCCCAUGAAUGAAAUGUGUGUGAACAGAUUCUUGUUGUAAGUUAAAGUUAAAAAAAAAAUUCCUUAUCGGCACAGCCUAAAGGCGCAGGAAGAUUCUGAUGAUUAUAUUUCUUACAUUAGAACAAAAAGGGAUUUUUAUAUCCUUACACCCAUAUUUUCUUCUUCCCCUUGUAGUAAUGGUUGUUCCAAAAAUAUUUUAAUCGAAUCUUGAACAUAAUAUGUAAAAUGUAUGAAAUAAAUACCAAGGAAUUUAAUAGCAAUCAUGGUACAAAAUUUUGAAUUAUUUUUCUAUCCUUCUCAACACCAAGCAUCUUAUCAAACAUUGUUUUAGACAAAGUUUUGGAAAAUAAUUAUGAUAUUUACAAACAAUUUAAACAGAUUUGAUAAGGUGUCUACUAAGGCAGUUACGUUUUUUUGUCCGGUGAAAAUAUUUUUCGAACCCAUGCAGUUAUGGCUGGUCGUAUCAAAAAUUUAUUUCGAAAACAUUUUUUGGCAUUAGGUACUCCGAGUUAUCAUACGUUAAAACGGAUGCGAUAUUAUUCAUAUUAUGGGAGUUGUUGCGAUUUUUCUGUUUUUCAAAAAAUUUCCAUUACCGUAUUUUAUUUAUCAUUUUGGACAUGACUAGUCCAAAAAUACGGCAUUUAUCACGCCCAUGAAAAUGUGAUCUAUAUAUAUAUAUAUAUAUAUAUAAUAUGGGAUUUUUAGAACAUAAAAGAAAUCUAUAAGAAAUUUUCGUCUACAAUAGGUAGUUUUUAUUUGAAAUUUACAUAAAAGUGGCAUUAUUACAAAUUUCUUUGUGUAAUAGUAUAAAAUAUUAUAAAUUACGAUAUGAUGUUUUAAAAUGCUUCUUGUUCGAUCCGAAUUACAAAGACACACAUCUCCUGAAAUUCGUAAUGUGUUAGAGAUUUGGCAACAGCGCGCGCCAUAAGCCGUGUACUGCAAUCUAAGAGUGGGACGGGCUAUAGUCACGGAGCUGGCAUGCAGUUUCUCUGGUCUGAAAACUUUCAACUUUGACACCCAUGCAGUGUUUUGAAUUUUACUGACACAUAUUUAUCCUUAUCAGUAUGCUGUCAGUUCUAAUCUAUUUUUGACAACCUGCUUGACUCUGUUAUCCAUAAAAUACUAUAACUGAUAAUGUGGGUGUUAGUUAUGGUUCCGAAUCAUGUGUUAAAUCCGGCUUUACUAUAUUAGUCUUCUCAAAAUUUACAUGGCUAGAAAUAGCAAAAAAACUCCACAUAAAUAAUCUUAAAACAUUACAUAAAUCCUGCGGAAAUUUUGCCCUGCCCGAUGAGAAAAUCUUCUGUGAUCUCGAAAUGUUUCCAGACUUUCGAGAUCCCGCACAGCUGUAUUUGUAAACGACUGAAUAUUAUUUUUUUCCAAGUGUUAGUAUUCGAAAUUGAAUCAAAUACGAAUAAUAAACUAUUUGUUUUGAUAAUUGAAAAUUUGAAUAUUCGCUCAGGCCUACCAAUCACAAAAAUGCACACAAAAAUAUCAGCUAAUACUGGCGCAUAGCAACAGCACUUCAACCAACUUAGUCUUUCCCAUGCACAAGUAUCUCGCCUCUCCAAAACUUAUGACUUAUGUGAGUGGCAAACUAUUGCAUCAGCCAGCUUUCAAAAAAAGAGCCAUAACAGAAAAUAUCCAAAAGAAAAUUACAUGAACACACAUAAAACCUAACCAACCCAUAAGAAAAAUGGAUAACAGCUACUUCAAAUGUUUAGUCAAAUGAAAGUAAACAAAUUAUAAAUAUUUUGCAACUUUAACUCAUGUAAAUUGUGAUCACUAAACACAUUGCAAAUGCCCAAAUACUUCUUAAAAGAAUUAAAAGCUAGUAUUUAAAUGAUACCAUAAAACCUAAUCGUGAUCUCUGCCAGUAAAAAAAUAAUAAAUCAUAAAUAUCCUUAUUUAGAAAGUGGGUUGCUGCAAAUGUUUCAACACCAGAUUUCAAUUUUUCAUUUCUGUUACAUUAUUUAAUUUUUAAAUGUGAUACCUGGAUUUGAAUUGAGGGCUAAAUUUGAAGUACUCUUUGGGAAUUUGAAUUUGAUAUUCAGAUUCAAUAAAAUUGGAAUUAUUUCCAUCACAAGUAAAAAUCAUUAAAAUAAAAUUACAGUAAAACUUAUAAUUGUAGACUUAUUAACUGGCAAAACUUAUAAAUAGGUAAAGUUGUAUGUAUUUAUAGUUCAAAUGCCAAACUUUUUAAACUUAUUAAUAUUAUGCAAUUUAUUUUCUAAAGUGGAUUUUCUGAAGAGUGGUUUACUGUGUGUAUAUUUUAGAAAGGUAAAUACUUCUUGCAACAUAAGGAAUAUGACCUUGUGUGGGCACAUUAUGUAGGGCAGUUGCUAAGUCACAUUAAAAUUUUUUCCACUUGUAAAUGUGUACUUUUUUUUCAGUCAUUGUUGAUACAUUACAUAUAAAAAAAAAUUAAGUUUUAAUAUUGUAAAAAAAUGGUAAAUUUUAUUGUUAUUAUAGGCUGCGAAAAUUUUCUUGUUGUAAAGGUCUUAACAGUUACUUCAAAACAUAAAUUGAUUCAUAAGAAUAAUAUCCUGCAUAAAUGUGACAGCUCAGAUAGCUAAUCUAGUAAUCUGUAAUGAAAUUCAGAGAAUGUUAUCUUAGAAUGAAAACUUCAUACAAGUUGAGGAAAUAUUAUCAGCACUCUGUGGCAUAGGCUUUAAACAUUGACUACGUUUUAGUUUUGCUUUAUGACUCGUUGACUUAAAUCAACACAGUUUGUGGAAAUGGGGAAGCAAUCAGUGAAAGUCGUUGUUGAUGAACUUCAUUGGCAUUGAUUGGGGAUUUCUUUUGGGAAACUGUUGAUGACUUGGCUUGACCGAGAUCGUACAAUGCUCUUCUUGAAUGCAAUUUCAGUUUUUUUUUAUCUCUGCACCACAAUUCUUGGUUAGUUUGUAUUCAGUUAGUUUUAAGACCACGCUGAAGUCAGGUGCUCUAAUGUGGACAAAUCUUUGGUAAUUAAUGUGGAAAUUAGUAUGAAAAUACUCACACAUUACAAAAUAUUUCAAACAAAUGAAACAAAGACAUUUACAUAAUUGAGUUUUUGUUAGUGAAUAACAUUGGAAAAAAUUUGGGACGUGUGAUAUUUAUUCGAAACAUAAACAUACUGUAAAUUUGAUUUCAUUACAAGCAAACUUGGUUCUGUUUCUUGUUGUGUUUAGUGUUGGUAGGCAUGUCAUUUGUUUAGUUUAAUGAAAAUAAUUAAGAAUUUUCCAAUUUGUUUUCUGAAGCAUGUUCAGUAUUCCUAUUUAAUUGAUAUUUGUAGUUUCGUGAAAGUUGUAUGUAGAUGCAUUACAAUAAACAUGUAAUAUUGAACUUUUGAUGUGCAUUGACAGAUACUUACCUUGUAAAAUUUAUUAAAUUAUAUAUUUUUUCAAUAAGGUGUGUUCCAUAAGUGUGAAGGAGAGUGUUUUGUAUGAUGUGUGAUGUCAAAAAUUGAAGAGAGAUGGUAAAGCUUUCAGUCUGACAAUGCACACUUCCAUUUCUGUGCAAAUUUCUUAAGUAUUAUAGAAUAUCACGCAAUUAGUUUAAAUGUUUUUGUGUCAUUAAUUAAAGUUAUGUAUUUGCUAUUUACGUAGAUAAAUACAGUGAAACGUUGUUAAUACGAUCUCAGUUUGUCCAAAACUUUUGUUAUUAUAAACCUUUUUAAACCCCUGGCAACCUGAAGUUCAGUAUUAAUUUGUAUAUUAUGAAAUACCGAAUAAUAUGUAAUUCAAAGUUCCUUUGUAGCCCACACCGGUUUUGCUUAUUUUUAAGAUUGGAUAAUACAAAGCGUUUAAGUGAAACCCCGUAUUUGCAUUCUCUGUACUUACAUUUCCUGCAAUUAACGAACUUUCUUUAGGUUCCAUUUACUUGUCAUUAAAUACAAUGCAUUACUUUCCCUCAAAUUACAAAAUGAAAAUUACUUUCUGCCUGCUAUUCACAUCUUGUUUACUACGUAAAAACCUGGUUUUUAUUUAAGUAAAACUCAUCUAAGACUUUCUCACACAAUACAAUUUCCCAUAAAAUAUGAUCAAAUGUUUACAUCCUGCCAUUUUCUUCAUAAGAUCUAUGAUGUACGUUAUUAUUGUUGACGUUGCCCAAAAACUUUGUUUCUUGUAUAAAACUUUUUUUUUUUUUAGUUGAAAUCUAUUAUUUGUUAAGAAUUACAGUUUACUUUUUUAAUAACAGGAAUAUGAAGCUGUCCGAUGUGAAAAUUCUAUUUCAGACACGUUUUCAAUGAUCUGUUCCGUCGCCGCAGUGGAGCGCUGGUUGGCAUCAUGAUUGGUUGUGCUGAUGCCUGUAUAGAGUCCGUGCACAUGACGUAGUUCAGUAUCAAUGUUGAUAGCUCGUCGAUGGGAAGCCUUCAUUUCACAGACGAGAGAGCCACACCUGAAGUUACUCGAAGGUUGCUUAGCAAAUAACUAUUUAAUAUGUAGCUAUCUAGGGCUAGGAAACCGUUUACAUGAUUUCACAGUAUCUUUAAUGUAGCUAUCCUAACCAAAUCAACCGUCCACAAUGUUUUAAAGUAUUUAUAAUGUAGCUAACCUAACCUAAUUGACCAUUAGUUAUCAUGAGUUGUCCAAAAUAAAAAGAAGUCUUCCCGCUCGUCGAUUGUGUUCAGUGCCUGGACUCUGUCUCUUGCCGAGUGAACUAACUUAAAGACCCGCACUCCUUCGUGGGCAGAAGGUACUACGACAAUAGUUAUCGGUACGCUACGUUAGUUCUGUGUUGCAUUUGGGUCACGGUUUUGUUGUUUUGUUUUAGUUUGAUUCAAAAUAUUUAUGUUUCGUAAUAUUUAUUUACUAGUUAUUGAGGGUCAAUAAGAUUAAACACAAAAAUAGAUUUUUGUUUGAUGUGUAAAUUCUCAUUUGAAAACUUUUUAAACACCUCAAUUUUUGGUACGUGUUUAUUUAACCAUAUAAUACAAAUAAGAUGAAUUAAUUCAAUCGAAAAUAAAUUUAAACUUAUUUUGUUUUUUUAUGUCCUGUAUUUUGGGCAUGGUUUGAGUAUUGAUGGUAUAUUAGUAGACUAUUAUACAUUAUAUUUUUCUUUAAUAUAAAGUGAAAGUAUAUAUUGAAGAAAGAAUACAUACAGUAAAUGAGGUACUUACGUAUUAGCGGAGUUUAAAGGUUUUCCCACAGUUUACAAUUUUCUACAAUAUGACACUGAACCUUUGACCAGCCUUUGACCAGUUGUGUGGCUUUAUCCAAAGUGUUUAAGAAAAAUGAGAAGAAACCCAAAUUUGUUAAUUUUUUUUUACCUAAAUAUUCUCAGUGAUAUAUUAGAUAUACAAUGUAAUAGGUUGUAGCAACAUACCAUUCAAAAUUGUAAAUAAUUUUUUGUUAACUUUUAUGUUGGCCAACUUGUUUUUUACUUAAGAGAAUGCUCUUAUGCUGGUUUGUAGUACAUAGUACUAUGAGAAUGCACAUAUUUUUCUAUGUUUUGAAAUUCUGUACAAAUUAUGCAUGUGCAAUGUGGGGAAGUAUGGUUAUUGUCAUUAUUACAAAGUGGACAAAUUUAUGACCCCUCAGGUUUGUAUUAAUGAGGUUUCACUUUACUGUGUUUUGUGUUAGUGUGUUCAGUAGUUGUAAAUAUCUAUAUUGCUUUCAGUUUGAUAGUGUGAGUUUAAGUGUUGUAAUAGUAUGUAUGUACAAUUGAUUUGUAGUCUUAAACUAUUUUUUACAUUUUGGUUAUAGAGGAGCUUUUUACAGAGAGUUAAAACAAAAAAAAAAAAACAAAAAAAAACUACAUUACCAGGCUUUUCGCUGUUGUUGAACACAUCAUGUACAGAGUUGGGAAUGAUUGUGACAAAACCUUCAGUGCAUUUGUAUUAGCUGUUGGUUCCUGAAAGAAAAGAAUUUCACAUCUUUGCUCCAUUCCAGUCAUGUUGUGAACAUAGAAAAUUCACCAAUUUUUAAAGCACGAUGCUUUUUAGACUUUACAAUUACAAACGAGGAAUCUUGAUGUUCAGUGUCUUUUAGACAAACACCUACAGUUAAUCUCUCUUUGUUUGUCUUAAAUACAGGAGUUGAUUUUUCCUUACUUGUAGCAAAUGUUUUCCGGGGUAAAAGCAGAAAGUUAAGGCCAGUUUAGUCCAUGUUAUGAACUUGGCUCGCUACUAGAGCAUCUGCUAACGUUUCACUGAACAGGCCUAUAAAAUAAACCCCAUGUUGCUUUCUCUAGCGGGUAAGUCCCCUUCACUUACUGAAAAUGAACCACAAUCGUCAGUUUUCAAAUGAAGCAAAAUUCCCUUCUGUUUUGAAAUGGGACUACUUAAUGUAGUACCCCUGCAUCUUUCUUGUUGAAAACAUGACCAAAGAGGACCUUUGACCAACUCGUUAGCAGGUUUUCUGAGCCUACAAUGCGUUGGAAGUAUUCUACUCAAUUCUAUUUGAGUUCAGAAAUCCUGAAUUUAUUUUGGAUUCCUCCGCCGGUCAUUUACUGUAUUUUUCCCUACAUUUAGCUGGUCACAAAUAAGUUUGACCGACUCUCCUUUUUUUCCAGUGUUACAACUUGAAGUUUCCUAUUCUCGCUGAUUCCUCCAACACACACACAUGCGUGGGCACAGUGUCCACACAGGGACAUACAGGGACAUACAGGGAACACGUCCACACCACAGGAGAUCAGCAGCGCUGCUGAACUGAAGACUAGCGGCUAGAGACAGGCGGCAACAGGUCCUCUGUCGCCGUCAUCUCGAACUAGAGGGCGUCCACUGUUGACAACUUAACAGCACGGGCUGUUCUUAAGGGGGUGCCUCCCGUUUCAGGUCAAGACUUUAUAUUUACAGUAAUUACAGAUCAACUUGUACACUUUUUCAAUUGUUUAACUCUGACGAAAUUAAAAAUAUAUGCAGAGCAUACUUUUUUAAUAAUUAGCUGCCAAAGUUACAUUUUUAACGUUUUUUAGGGUUGUACAAAUAAGGAGAAUUUAAUUUAUUUGAGAACUGAAACUUUUUAGGUUUAACUGCAAUGCCACUGGCUACUUCAAGAAAAGGUUUGAAUUUCUUUCAGAAAAAUAUUAAUUAAUUAUACCUGGCAUUUCAAAAUUUUCUCAAAUUUGUUACGAUUUUGACAGCCGAGAAACAUGGAAUGAGUUUUUGUGAUAGAAAUUCAAACCAUAUCAUGAAGUAGCCAGUGGCAUUGCAGUUAAACCUGAAAAGUUUCAGUUCUGCAAUAAAUUAAAUUCUCCUUAUUUGUAAAACCCAAAAAUGUUAAAAAUGUAACUUUGGCAGCUAAUUAUACAAAAAGUAUGCUCUUUAUAUAUGUAUUUUUUAUUUCUUUAAAGUUAAAAAAUUGUAAAAGUCUAAAAGUUGAUCAGUGAUUAAUAUAAAUAUAUAAUCAUGACCUGAAAUGGGAGGCACCCCCUUAAUCUUGUCGGAAACAAAAGUCUCAUGAAAAUAUUGCCAGGGUUUGAUUUCUACAAACGUUGCCCGGUGUCCUGAGUGCUACACUUCUGCCAAAACCACAUCCUCCCACAUUACACACUUGGUGGAAUACUGAUCUGUCUGUACACUCGAGACACUCGCAGAGCGUGGGCUCCUGGCUGAUGGCAGCGCUCGUAAACCAUCAUGUCAUCAUGUAACAACCUAUAGACUGUGCGUUGUAACUUGUCUCGGACCUGACAGUGCUCAAAAGUAGCCCCACCGUCACUUGCAAAGCAUCACAUGUUUGUGCAUGAACGCUGACUACCACAUGAAGCUGUUCACAAGCACUGUUCACAGAACAAAAAAUGACAUGGAUACAAACUGUUGGUACUACUUGCGAGACAUGUUGCAUGACACAGACUGCAUGUGCCACAAUGUGACACAUGUCACGUAUCUGUGAUGUGAAGCGACCUAACCCAUUCAUAUUUCUCUAUACAAGAUUAAAUAUUGUUAUUUGAAAUAGUAAGUAGUGAUUUUAAUACUCUCUGGUCUUUGAGUUUCCUUAAUGCUCUUUAGUUUGCAUUUUGGGAUCCAAGAAGCAUGCUUCCAAACUGUCGGACAUGUGAGGUUAGAUGCUGUAGUUAAAAAGUAAAGCUACCUGCACUGAACAGAAAAAAUAUAGCUGAGUGUGAAGUUUGUGGGCUUUCUAAAAAAUUUUCUAAUACAAAAUGCAGUAAAUAAUGGUUUUGUGUGCUGCUGAUAGUGUUUAAUCAUUUAAUCAUCCUGGAAAAUAUAUUUUAUUUUUGACAAUUUUUUUUUUUUUGAUAAAUGCAAAUUUGUGCCACACUGUUUCUCUGACUAUUCACAAUUUUCCCAGAAUUGUAGUAAUGCUUUUAAUAAAAAUAAUGUUACUUUCUACAUGAAUGCUUUCUAUAACCUUUAGGUGUGACGAAAGGGAUUUGUGAUCAUCAGAGAAAACUUUGAAUGAUGUGUUUCUAUGAUGUCAGUUAUAAAGUCUGAAAUGGUUCUGGCAACGUUUUACUAGGUUUUGUAUGAAUGGUCGUACUUUCAGCUCCUCUUACUGCCUCUCUGCAUCCCUCUCCAAUAAUUUGCUUUUUCACAUUAUAACCUCGGUAAGUGGAUUACUUUGUAAAUUAUUAGUUAAUGCUGUUUUGUGAUUCAGUAACCACCUACUAGCAUGUAGCUGUCAUUUGUGCAGUCAAUUUGGUCCUGUAUAAUAUUUGUAAGACUUAAGUGAGUUUUUAAGUGUUAAGGUAAAGAGUACUUACUGAACAUAUUUUUAAUGAUUUUUAUUUCUUUAAAUUAUGUAAUAAAACAUUUCAUUUUUAACCAAAAAAGAAUGAUAAAUUCCUAUUCAGUAUUGUUUCCAGAAAAAUUUUCACUUACAUGUAAACUUUAUCAUUGACUAUUUUUACAAUCUAUUGAUACAUGACCCUAAAAUAUGUAUUAAUAUUUAACAUGUAUUCUUGUAUAGAACACUCAGUAGACCUUGUUCAUGGUAUAUUAGUUUGUUCAAGGGAAAAAAUAAAAUUUCCCCUUUGUUAAGUGUAUUUAUUCAGAAAUGACAUGUUAAACCUUAACUUACAGUUUAUCAGGCAGUUUUGUAGUCAGUGCAUUCAAAUGGGUUUUUUUAUUAUCAGUUGCUGGUGGUAAGUGUACGAUGGUGCUAAAGGAAUUAGUAUGAUGUAUAUGACAGUAGUUGUGAAAUGAUAAAAUUGAUAUGUAGUUGUGGAAGGUCAGACUGUUCAUCAAAUGAUUUUGAACAUGAAUCUGUUGGUAGUAAGCGAGCUUGCAAUUUCGAUCCAGUUUUGUUUUGUCAGUUUCGGCUAUUCUGUUUUGAUUUUUGUGCAAGUUUCUUUAACCUGUCUUGUCUUUAACCUAUGUUGUCUUUCUAAAUUUUUAAUUGAUAUUGAGUUCAAGAAUUUGGAAAAAUAUACACUGAUAAUGAUAAUUUAUACUUUUUUGUGAGUAAUUAUCAAACUUUCCCUGAUAAUCUGGUUUAUAUUAUUUUGUGGAUGUCAUUAUGUCAAUAUGAAACUGCAUACUGUAGAUUUUUUCUCAUUGAGAAAUGUUAUGAUAUUUAUCAGUUACUGUGAUCCAUACUUCUAUUCAAUUAUUCAAUGCAGUUAUGCGCUUUAUAUAUCUUGUCGUAUUUUUAUCAGGAUGUAAAAAGUUCAUUUCUUAUUUGCCGUUGUACCUUGGGGGAUGAUCAUAAGAUGCAUUUAGUAUUUUCUGUGCACAUAGAAUUUUCAAAACUUACAAAUUGUGUAGUGAGUGGGUUUUUCCUUACACAUUCGUCUUCACAGUUAAUGAACUUUCGAAAUCAAAAGUUGGUUACAAGAAUUUUGCAUGAACCUGUAGGCAACUAGCCGUGAAAUGUUGGCAUUAAUGAAUGAUGAUUGGAAAUUAAAUAAGGAGAUUGUGCAAGCAAUGCAUAAUCCAAUGUAUGUUCCACAAAUAUUUAAGUGCAUAGAAAAUUUAUCUUCCAUGGUGCUAAUAGAUGCAGGAUUGAUAAAAUAAUUUUUUGUGAAUAUUUACUUAGCAGUAAUCAGAGUUUUCCAUAGAAAGACAUGAUGAGGACCUCCAAGGACAAGAGGGUGUGCUCACAUCUAGCUGUGGAAGUUACGAUGAUUUAGUUGUCAGCUAAAUAUGCUCAUUUGGACAUUAAUUAUCAUUGCUAAAGUGGGUGAACUUUAAUCAUAUUUAUCGGCACGUUAGGUAAAAUAAAAAAAUAAAUAAAUAUAGUUACCUAGAUGGCUGGUAGUUUAUCACAUUGAGGUUUUUUUUUAUUAAAAGAAAGUUUUCUUUUAAUUUACUAAUUUAAAAAGUAUUUAAAAUUUCAAUAUUGGUAAUGGAGUCUUUGUGAAAAUUCAUGUAAGGUUACAAGAGUUGAAUGGCUUAUGAUUUUGUUCUUGAAAGAUGUAUUUUCUAUCAGAAUUUUUAUCAGGAAAUGUAAUGCUUGCUGUCACUUGCUGUCAAUACACUUUCAGACCUGCUUAAGUGCAGAGUCUACCGACUCAGUGUGGAAUUGUGAGUUUACAUUGUCGACCUGUACUGUUAGUUGUCUGUACACUGCCAUCAACAGGACUAAUAAUUCAAAUAUGUCAUGAUGUUUUUUGUGCUAUUUAUAUAUUCCAGUUUUAAAAAAUGUUAUAUAUUAGAAUUAAAUUGUAAUAUUUUCUUUUCAUUUAUGUAGAUUAUUUAAGUAGAAACUUCAUGAUCAGUUAUAAUCAUCGUUAAGUAAAGUUCACGUGUUGCUAGCACACUUAGCAGUAAUGAUGAAACCGGUCUCUGCUGUGUCUUCUUACAUUGUGUUACAUGAUUUAAUAAAUAAUGAAAUGUCCAUCGACCAUACGAGUUUUUAAACUCCUUUUGGCUUUUCAUGAGUUCAGUAUAAUUGAUGCACUGUUUUCAUACUACCAGUUAAAGUGUAGCUAAAUGGUUUUCGUAUUAAGUUGUUUCUCAUGUUUAUCCAGAGAGAAUGUAGUAUGUUUUGUGUUUUGAAUGUGUGUAGUUGAGCUUUAGUUCAAAUAUAUAUUUUAAAAGAAGUUAUGUAUUGUGUUUUUAAGUAUGAUGUGGAAUAGGCUUGCACUGCUAACCCUUACACUAUGCAUCAGGCUUCUUUAUUUAUGCCUGUUCAUCUUUAAUUUUUCUUUCUUUUGAUAUUUUUUUUUCAUUGUGUACGGUAGUUAGUUUAUUAGUUAAGGGGUAUUGAUCCCUAACUUAAAAGCACUUAAUAACACUUACAUUUUAUUAAAUUGU